AUGGAACUAGCUACAAAGUUUUCUUCCGCAACAUCGCAGGUCACACCUACAAAGGGCCUACAAGAUGCAGUCAGCGAGUUCCGGAAGACUUUAAACGAUGAUCAGCUUUCAGACCUCGACAAACUCAAAGGUAUCCCUGAUGCUGACGCUGCGCUCGUUUUCACAGCCCAGCUAGACUGGUCCACCACUCAGCGAAACUCUCCCAACAAGGGCACCCGACUUAUAUCAGUCCUGCAAUAUGUCCGCGAUUCUUCUGUUAUCAUAGACACCUUUAUCUCCUCGCACCCGGAGAUUGCUGCGCUAGUCUGGGGGAGCGUGAAGCUGACGAUGCAGGUGGUUCUAAACUUCACUUCGUACUAUGAACGAGUCUCAGACCUCUUCAUGCAAUUUUCCAGAGAUUGCCCCCGAUUUGCUCAGUACCAAGCCUUGUUUCCGAACUCGCCUGGGUUGCAGAAGGCUGUCUGCGAUUUCAACGCAUCAAUUAUCUAUUGCUGCAAGCAUGUGAUCCAAGCAAUACAACGACCUUGGCAAACACAUCUGCGAAACGCGUUCUUGAAGUCAUUUCAGCAGGAGUUCAACCCUGACCUAGAAAUGAUUCGAAGGUGCGGCCUUGAGGCAAAGCAAGAAAUCAAACUUGCAAAAGCGAGGGCCGACCACCAGGACCAAAGACUCCAGGAAAUGGAGAGGAAAGCGGCAUCUAAAGAGAGGCAUAAGGUCAGGCAGUUAUUCUCACGAGUAGGAAGCGACCUCGACACAAUCAAGAAUGACCAGAUUCAGCAAGAUAUCCGUCGAGCGGUUGGAUCUGGCAAGACAGUCCUCACUGCAAGUGCCGUCGAACAUAUUUAUGCGCACGAGCGUAGGGCCAGAGAAAAUGUCACAUUCUUCUUCCCUCAUUUCGCAGAUCAGACAUCGCUAUCUGCAGAGGCUACACUUCGGUCGAUUAUCCGACAGUCACUCGACCCAGUGAGACUGUCUAGCGAUUGGGAAGCACGCCUAACAGAGCUGGAUCGGAAACCCUCCUCAGAGCUGGGCGAAUUAACAUCGCUUCUUCGACAGGCAAUCGACCAGUCUGACACAUUCUAUAUCUUUAUCGACGCACUAGAUGAGUUUGAGCCGGCAGAACGACGGGCGCUCCUCGAUUCUCUGGUCUCAGUUGCCUGCGGGUCGCGCUUAAGAGUCUUCGUUUCUGGCCGUGAAAGCAUGUCGGGCGAACUUAGAGACCAAAUUCCAACCAUUGAGAUAGUUUCGAUGGCAUCUCCGGAGGCCAAGAUCGACAUUGCUACUUUUGUUCAAGAGACACUCCAAAGAAGACAGCAGAACGGAGAUCUUAUGGUUCAAGACCAAUCUAUUGUUGAUGAUAUCAGGCAGGCUCUUAUUAAUCGUGCGGACGGAAUGUUUCUCUGGGUUACUUUCCUAUUAGAUGAAAUCUGUGCCCAAACCUGCGACGACGAUAUAAAAGACGCCGUGGAACGUCUUCCAAAGACCUUGACUGAGACGCUGAGCAAAGCCCUCCAUCGCAUCAUGAAGCAGGGCAAAUCUGCAAUCGCAAACAAAGCCUUUCAAUGGAUUGCUAUAGCGAAACGCCCCUUGACACUGGAUGAGCUCCGUGAAGCCAUCUCUAUGAAAGUCCGCCAACCAUCCUCCAAUCCGGGACAGCUAGUCAAUGGUAUAGACCGUCUGCCGAUGUGGUGCGAAAAUCUCGUCCGUGUUGAUGAAGAAUCGAGAACUGCAGAGUUUGCCCACAAGGCAGUUCACAAGUUCAUCGUCGAGGGAUCAUCGGGACCCGACUACGCGGAGUUUCAUUUCAAGCCAGAGGAUGCCGAUCAUCAUGCUGGUGAAAUUUGCGUUACCUACCUGAACUUCAGCGACUUUGUGACAACAAUCACGCGACGGUCGCAACCAGUCAAAAUCCACCCAACCAGUAUGGCUCAUUCGGCAUUGAAGAACUCAUGGAACCUGCCCAAGUCAAUCAGUAGCGCCGUUAUCACAAUGCGCAAGAGUGUCCAAGCUGAGACUGACCCGGCUGGAAUACUGGCUACAUACAACAGGUCGGACGAUGCAAAAGCUAUAAACACGCUACAAGUCCAUUAUCCUUUUAUCAAACUGCUCUACGAGUAG